CCGAUAUUCCAGAUCUCCAACGUGACCGGUGAGAACAUGGACCUUCUCAAGAUGUUCCUCAACCUGCUCUCCUCCAGGACCUCCUUCAGCGAUGAGGAGCCGGCCGAGUUCCAGAUCGACGACACCUACUCCGUCCCGGGUGUGGGCACCGUGGUCUCUGGUACCACGCUGCGUGGGUUGAUUCGUCUCAAUGACGUGCUGCUGCUCGGUCCCGAUCCCCUGGGGAACUUCCACCCCAUCGCCGUCAAAUCCAUCCACAGGAAGCGCAUGCCUGUGAAGGAGGUGCGGGGCGGGCAGACCGCCUCCUUCUCACUCAAGAAGAUCAAGCGCUCCUCUAUUCGGAAGGGCAUGGUGAUGGUCUCUCCCCGGCUCAACCCUCAGGCCUCCUGGGAGUUUGAGGCGGAGAUUCUGGUCCUGCAUCACCCGACAACCAUCAGCCCUCGAUACCAGGCCAUGGUUCACUGUGGUAGUAUCAGACAGACAGCCACCAUCCUGUCCAUGAACAGAGACUGCCUGCGCACAGGGACAAAGGCCAGCGUCCACUUCCGCUUCAUCAAGACCCCCGAAUACCUGCACCGGGACCAGAGGCUGGUCUUCAGAGAGGGCAGGACCAAGGCCGUGGGGACCAUCGUCGCGUUGCUUCAGUCCGCCAACACCUCCCCGUCGAACUCCAAGCCACAGCAAAUCAAAUGCAGCCCAGCAAAAAGAGCCACGCCCCCUCGGCAGGAGAGAGGAGGGGCCUGGCUCAGGGGGCGGGGCCAGCACCGAGGACACUCCCACCACACAGCUAGGCUCCGCCCGGCCAGCCAGCCCAGAGACCAACACAGCAGCGCCAAAGAGUGGAGGAGGCGGCAGGAGGAGAGGAGGGCAGCGGCAUAAAGCAAAGUCCCUGAGCAGCACCACCACAGCUCCCCCUGCAGGUGGAGGAAUGAAUUAAACACAGACUAAAAACACACCAUAGGUAUAUAGUUGAAAAAAGACAGACAGACAGACAAACAGACAAACUCACACUAGCCCUG